AUGAUGAAGAAAUGGAACGGGCGCUGGCUGGGCGGACAGCUACGCCAGUGGUCCGUGCCAGUUGCAAUGCAGCUAUACCACCACUCCUAUUCGCUGGACAGUCAGAAAGUGCGGAUGGCGCUGGAAGAGAAAGGCAUUGACUACACCUCGUAUCACGUCAAUCCACUCACCGGCAAAAACAUGAAUGUGGACUUCUUCCGCAUGAACCCCUCCGCGAAGCUCCCUGUCUUCCAGAAUGGAGCGCACGUCAUCUAUCGCGCCAUCGAUAUUAUUCAGUACAUAGACAGGCUUGCAGUGCAUUUAAGUGGUGAAAUCCCCCCUGUGAAUACUGAGGUUCACCAAUGGAUGCAGAAAGUUGAUGCUUGGAAUCCUAAGAUGUUCACCCUCACGCACACCCCGGCCAAGUACCGUGUGUUUGUCUCCAAGUUCAAAAGGCGGGUGUUGAUUGCUCGCAUGGCUGAUGCCCCUGAUUUAGCUAGCAUGUAUCAUGUCAAGCUCCGUGAGGCUUAUGAGACUGAGGACAAAGUGAAGGACCCUGACAUCAUGAAGCAAAGCGAGGAAGAACUGAGCAAACUCCUUGAUGAAGUUGAAUCCCAGCUCAGCAGGACCAAAUAUCUCGCUGGCGAUGAAUUCUCACCUGCUGAUUCGAUGCUUGUCCCUAUUCUUGCGCGCAUAACUCUUCUGGGCCUUGACGAUGAAUACAUCAACUGUAGACCCAAGAUACUUGAGUACUACAAUUUGGUUAAGCUGCGACCAAGCUACAAGAUUGCCAUUGGCAAGUACUUUAGUGGGUGGAAGAAGUACCGAACUCUCUUUAAGACAUCGUUCUUCCUUUGCGUUCGAACCCUGUUCAGGAAGUACUAG